UCCAGCAACAACAACUACAAGACAUUUUUUGGAGGCUUGGAAUUUAAUCUUCGCACAAGAUUUAGGGUGUUUGGCGAGGACUAUAAAUCGUUUGGAAUUUUCACAGGAUAAAAAAAUUCCGUUUCCACGCCAAUAAGUCUUAAUAGCUUGCGAACAACAGGUUGGCUGAAUCCACAGUAUUUUGAAAGUGGUCACGCGCUGUUACGGUUAUGAUGACUGAUUUGGACAUGUCAGCACCUCUGCCAUAACUCCACAAACACACUCCAUCAUGUCGGUGGACUGAGAGAAAGUGAGAAACCACGUGUUCUGGAUGUUUUCAGAAUCUUUUCAAGGACAUUGUGCGCGUGCGAAGCGAUUCAGCGCGUGGAUUUGCGCACAGCGGAAUUCGCCUUUUACGCACCGGGCAUGAGGCACCAGAAUUACCGCUAAUGAACUACUCCCUGCAGACAACGUCCUCGGCACUUCGUGUUGUCCAACGUGGUGUUAUUUGUGUUUCGUGAUCAUGUUGCCAAGGUAAUGAGCCGGGCGGCCGAAUACCGGUCGCUGCGCUCAGGAUGGCCCGGCAGGACGCGGUGAGGUGCCUGCGCUGCCUGCUCUACGCGCUUAACCUACUCUUCUGGCUCAUGUCAGCUUGUGUCCUGGGAGUGGCUGCCUGGAUCCGAGACUCCCUCAACACUGUCCUGACCCUCACAGCACACACAAGGUUGGAGGAGGCUACAGUGGUCACAUAUUCAGCUGCAGUGCAUCCAGUUGUCAUUGCUGUCUGCUGUUUUCUGAUUAUUGUGGCCAUGGUUGGAUACUGCGGCACACACAAAUGUAACCUACUGCUUCUGUCCUGGUAUUUCUGUAGCUUGUUGGUGAUCUUCUGUGUGGAACUAGCCUGUGCUGUUUGGACAUAUGAUGAGCCUUUAGUUCAGCGCUCAGACAUGAUCAGUCUCAAGUCCCGAAUGCCAAAUUACGGACUCCAGCGUUACCAAUGGCUCACACACACCUGGAACACCUUCCAGACUGAGUAUAAAUGCUGUGGAGUGAUAUACUUCACCGACUGGUUGGAAAUGACAGAGAUGGAGUGGCCUCCUGACUCCUGUUGCUCCAAUCAGUAUCCAGGAUGUGCUCGACAUGCGCAUUACCACGACCUCAGUGACCUGCAUCAAGAGGGCUGUGGUCCAAAGAUCUACAGUUUCAUUCGGGGGACAAAGCAGCUACAGGCUUUGCGCUUCUUGGGCGUGUCCAUCGGUGUGGCUCAGAUCCUGGCCAUGGCAUUGACUCUCAUGCUGCUCUGGGCAUUGUAUUAUGGACACAAAUGUCCAGUGCCAAACACAGUGGUGGUUGCACCAAAUGACUCUACUCCAACUUCAGUCGUAGGGAGCACCUGACAAAUCCCUAAAGUUGUGAAGAAUUGCCCACAGUUUGCACUCUUGAUUCUGCAUAACUCUCACAUGAAGGCAAUAGAGUGUUACAGAUGCACACUUAGAGUUGUAAAAAUCAACUGCAAUUUUGAAGUGGAUUAUAGCAUUUUUCACUGGAUAAAAACAACUUUGAAAUAGUUUAAAUUUGCAAUGAUUUAGAUCUCCAGUUGUCAGAUUGUAAAACUGUAAUUUGUAUGAGUCUUGCAUCGAAAUACAUCAGUCAAUACAACAGUCCGAAACAAGGAACUAUCUUUUUGAUUUUGGUGUAUGGAACAUCUCAGGUGUGGCUGCACAUGCGUGAAUUUUUAUGGUACAACAUUUAUGGGUUUGCAUUAGCAUGGUAGUUUUAUAUUUGUCUUAACACAUUUAAUUUAGCUACUUUCAUCUUCUUGACUACUGUGUUUAUACCGUAGAAGCAUGUAUGUUAAAAACUACGAUAUUUGUAUUUUGCACAGUCACUUAUGACUGAUGAUAACAAAUUAGCUAACAACAUGUUACAAUGUUUGUGAUAACAUUUUUAUUAUUGUUUAUUUUUUAAACACUGCACUGGACAAAU